AGCUGCGCGCGCGCCGCUCGCGUUUGUUUACACUGCCAGCAUUAGUUACCUCUAGUGUCGCGAGUACAAGCAAGAUGAUGGGCAUACGAUCCAACACUGAGGAGGUGAAGCUCUCUUCAUCACCCCCUGACAAGCCAAAACUGAUGGAGGGAGGCAACUACAUCCGUGAGGGUCGUGACUCCAGCAAGUCGACAUGGCUUCUGUUCUCUCCGGCGACCCCUGACGAAGCUGGCGCGCUCGCUAAGUUCCUUAGCGUUUUCUCCUCACAUGGAGUCAACCUCAUGCACAUCGAGUCCCGUUCCUCUGCCAGAAGACCGGGUUACGAGUUCAUGGUGGAAUGCGAGCAUGGAGCUGGAGACUUUGGAGCCGCCCUUGAUGAGCUCAAGAAUAACGUUGGUUAUUUGAAUAUCAUCUCUAGAAAUUAUAAGGAUAACAGAUAUGCGGUGCCUUGGUUCCCUCGUCGUAUCCGUGAUUUGGAUAGAUUCGCAAACCAAAUCCUAUCUUAUGGCGCGGAACUGGACUCCGACCACCCCGGCUUCACAGACCCGGAGUACCGCGCUCGCCGCAAGUACUUCGCUGACAUUGCAUACAACUACAAGUACGGCCAGCCACUACCUCAUGUUGACUAUACCAAGGAGGAGAUUGCCACAUGGGGGGCGGUGUUCAGGAAACUCACAGAACUGUACCCCACACACGCCUGCAAGGAACACAACCACGUGUUCCCCCUGCUCAUUGAGAAUUGUGGUUACAGGGAAGAUAAUAUUCCACAAUUAGAGGACGUCUCUAAUUUCCUUAAAGACUGCACAGGCUUCACCCUCCGGCCAGUGGCGGGUCUACUAUCAUCCCGCGACUUCCUCGCUGGGCUAGCGUUCCGCGUCUUCCACAGCACCCAGUACAUCAGACAUCACUCCAGGCCACUGUACACACCGGAACCAGACGUCUGCCAUGAGCUCCUCGGCCACGCACCUCUGUUCGCUGACCCCGCCUUCGCACAGUUCUCACAGGAAAUCGGACUCGCCUCCCUCGGAGCGCCUGAUGAUUACAUUGAGAAACUUGCUACCUGUUUCUGGUUCACCGUAGAGUUCGGUCUGUGCCGACAAGAAGGCAAGCUGAAGGCGUUUGGUGCUGGCCUGCUGUCGUCCUUCGGGGAGCUACAGUACUGCUUGUCUGAUCAGCCAGAGCUGAGGGAGUUCGACCCUGACACCACAGGCGACACGAAGUACCCCAUUACUGAGUACCAGCCCGUCUACUUUGUAGCCAACAGUUUUGAAGAUGCUAAGGAGAGAAUGAUUAAAUUCGCACAGAAGAUCCCCCGUGACUUCGGCGUCAGAUACAACCCUUACACACAGAGCGUGGACAUCCUCGACUCGUCUCGCCAGAUGAGGGAUCUCUUGCGUGAAGUCCACCAGGAGAUGAAUCUACUCCUCAACGCCAUGGAGAAGUUAUAGACGUGGAGAUGGCAUCAGGUAUAGUAAAGCUACUAAUACGGACACCCAGACAGUGCAGUUAAUGAUUAUGUGUAUUUAGAGAUUCGGGCUAUGCAGUUUCAGAACUAUUGUUACCUACAAGUACUUAAACCUUGAAGUUCUAAUGCCCGUUUUCACCAGUAGCCCUUAAAAUUUAAGUGUCUCCUAAACUAAAAAGGGACACCUACUACUUUAGCAGUUCUUAAGGACAGCUAAAGAUAGUUCAACACUUUAGUCAACAGUGGUUUGGCUGGACCAACACUCAUAAUAAUUCAAAUGAUUAUAUUCUAUUCAUUAUGAAAAAUUAUAGCCGAUAAUCGGCCAGCUUUGGUUAAUUUUCAAUUUCUCUCAAUCAACUGAAUGAUAUCAAGCCUAUUUAGUACUGUAGUUAUGUUUAGUUUAUAGGAUAAAUUAAAAUGUAUACUCUCAUUGCUUUAAAUAUCCUCAUAUUAAAAUAUCGCGGCAAAUGAAUAUUAUUAGGAAAUUAAGUUAAGUGAAUUAAUUAUUAUUUUAAGAAUUACACAAGGAUGCAAUGAUUUACAUAUGUAUUGUAAAUAAUUUAAGCUUAUUAUAAGUUAAGUUAAUGAAAUUAAAUAAAAAAAUAUAAUCAGUUAA